GAAGAGAUGCUGCUGGGCCGGAAGGCCGCCGGCGCUCAUCCACAGCUUUUGCUCGAACUCCCUCCUCCUCCUCACUCCGCCGUCUCCUGGAUUCACCCCAACGACGCAAACUUGGAUUCUGAGCAUUUGUAGAAAAAUUGCCUGGAUUUGGAGAGGAAGACUGGACUCAGAAUCUUCCCAGGCCUUGAAAGUUCAUCUGUGACCUGAGACAAUCCAAGGAGGUAGAAGACAUAUUGAAAAGACCAAAAGAAGGAAGGAAAGAAGACCUAGAGAUAGAACUAAAAGUGAACACUACUUCUCUUGGGUUCUUGGAUUAAUUCUGUACAUCUCCUCAGGAUGAAAGUUCAGACAUUUUGGGUGUUUUUUUGAAGACCACGAUAACAAAGGUGCAUUCUCGAAUAGAAAAGUUUGGAUGGGAUCAAAAAUGAAUCUCAUCCAACACUCUCACUUACCUGCCACGGAUGAAUUUUCUCUUUCUGACAAUUUAUUCGGUGUACUAACAGAACCAACAGCGGGUCCUCUAGGACAGAAUCUGGAAGUGGAAUCAUACUCACAAUACAACAAUAUUCAGUUUCCCCAAGUUCAGCCACAGAUUUCCUCAUCAUCCUAUUAUCCCAACCUGGGUUUCUACCCCCAGCAGCCCGAAGAAUGGUACUCCCCUGGAAUAUAUGAACUCAAGCCAAUGCCAGCUGAGACUCUCUACCAGGGGGAGACUGAGGUAGUAGAGAUUCCUGUAACAAAGAAGGCCCGAAUGGGUGCGUCAGCAGGGAGAAUAAAAGGAGAUGAGCUAUGUGUUGUUUGUGGAGACAGAGCAUCUGGAUACCAUUACAACGCACUGACCUGUGAGGGGUGCAAAGGUUUCUUCAGGAGAAGCAUUACCAAAAACGCUGUGUACAAGUGUAAAAACGGGGGCAACUGUGUGAUGGAUAUGUACAUGAGAAGGAAGUGCCAGGAAUGCCGACUAAGGAAAUGCAAAGAGAUGGGAAUGUUGGCUGAAUGUAUGUAUAGAGGCUUGUUAACUGAAAUUCAGUGUAAAUCUAAACGCCUGAGAAAAAACGUGAAGCAGCAUGCAGAUCAGAUCAUUAAUGAAGACAGCAAAGGACGUGACUUGAGACAAGUGACCUCAACAACCAAGUCAUGCAGGGAGAAAACUGAACUCACCCCGGAACAACAGAAUCUCCUACAUUAUAUUAUGGAUUCAUACAGCAAACAGAGGAUGCCUCAGGAAAUCACAAAUAAAAUCUUAAAAGAAGAAUUCAGUGCAGAAGAAAAUUUUCUCAUUUUAACGGAAAUGGCUACCAGUCAUGUGCAGAUUCUUGUAGAAUUCACAAAAAAACUGCCAGGAUUUCAGACAUUGGACCAUGAAGAUCAGAUUGCUUUGCUGAAAGGGUCUGCAGUUGAAGCUAUGUUCCUCCGUUCAGCAGAGAUUUUCAAUAAGAAACUUCCAGCUGGACAUGCUGACUUGUUGGAAGAGAGAAUUCGAAAGAGUGUCUGUUACCUGCUUGAGGAUAAUUCCCAGCACCAUCACAUUGUGUAUAUUAGAUGUGCAAAAAUUGGUAUCUCUGAUGAAUAUAUAACACCAAUGUUUAGUUUUUAUAAAAGUGUGGGAGAAUUAAAAAUGACUCAAGAAGAGUAUGCCCUGCUGACAGCAAUUGUUAUCCUCUCUCCAGACAGGCAAUAUAUAAAGGAUAGAGAAGCUGUGGAGAAGCUGCAGGAACCCCUACUUGACGUGCUGCAGAAGUUGUGCAAGAUCCAUCAGCCGGAAAACCCUCAGCAUUUUGCCUGCCUCCUGGGCCGCCUGACUGAGUUGCGGACAUUCAAUCAUCACCACGCAGAGAUGCUGAUGUCAUGGCGAGUCAAUGACCACAAGUUCACCCCACUUCUCUGUGAGAUCUGGGAUGUGCAGUGACGAGUGUCCCCGGGGCAGGGCCUGCCUCUCCAGUUUCCUCGUGUUAUAAAUCUGAUGUAUAACUUUCCUUUAUUUCAUUUGUACCUGGUUUCACACAAGAAUUUUGAUGAAUAUUUAUGCAGUAAUUAUAUAACUUCCACAACUGUAAAUAGGGGGCUAGGCAGAAUUACUUUCUCUACUUUGUAUUUUACGUGGCUUCAGGGAAUCUUUUGUUCUAAUUGGCAUGCCCUGUUUGCCUAAUAAAAGUGAUCAUUAUUUCAAUUCUAUAUGUUGAAAUAGGGAAAAAUCUCAUUUUGCUCUUCAUCUUCCCUUAUUGCAUAUAUUUUAUUAAACAGUUGUGUGCACUUUUGACAAUAAACUGAACAUAAUGGCAACACGCUUUCAUUUGGGAACAGAAUUUGAAAAAAUAUACAAACAAUGGUAUGCUAUUGAGCCUGAGGGGAUGAUUCAUAAAAUGAUAAACUCUCACAGCACAAACGGUACAUUUUUCAUCCCUGGGGAAGCCCUGGUGAAGAGUCACUCAUUUGUGGUAGUCCUCUGAUCAUUUCAUUAUCUUCGAUGUUCACAAAGAAUAGCAUACAGAAAAGUUAAUGAUUGUCAGAUAAAAUAUCCACAGUGCAUAUUAGUUACGCUUUUAGGGGGAAUACUUCCCAUAGUCAAUGUCUUGAAGCAGCAUUUUCAAAUUCUGGAUAUGCAAAUAACUCCAAUGAUGGGACAUUUCCUUUCUCUCUCUGAAAAGUUCUCACU